GAGCCGGGCCGAGGGUGAUGCUCCAGAUCCCACCUCCCCGGGGAGCUGCGCGCUUCCGCACGCCAGGGCGGCCCCGGCCGGCCCUCUCGGCGGCAGCCCGCGUUCCCCGUACCCGGGAAGUUGUCUCCCGAGCCUGCGGCGCCUGGGUCUCCUCCCCCUGAGCCCCGCCCCCCCGCCCAGAGCUGGGAUCUGAGAGCUGCCCGGUCCGGGGGCGUCGCCGUUUGCUCUCAGAAGCCAGCGAGUCUCCGCUUCCCUGCGUGGAGCGCACGUCCCCCGCCUGGCCGGGGACCCCCGCACACCCCCGAGACGGCGCGUGCCCAGAGCGCGGGAGCCCGGGGCGCCGGGCGCCUUGGACAUCGCGGAGCCGCUGCCCAACCCGCGGGGCUCGGCAGGGAUGCAGGCUGCGCUGUGAGCCCGGGCGCCAAGGCCAUGUCCGGCGCCCGCUGCCGGACCCUGUACCCCUUCUCCGGGGAGCGGCACGGCCAAGGGCUGCGCUUCGCCGCGGGCGAGCUGAUCACGCUGCUGCAGGUCCCGGACGGCGGCUGGUGGGAAGGAGAGAAGGAGGACGGGCUCCGCGGCUGGUUCCCAGCGAGCUAUGUGCAGUUGUUGGAGAAGCCUGGAAUGGUCCCCCCUCCGCCAGGAGAAGAAAGCCAGACUGUCGUUCUCCCACCUGGCUGGCAAAGCUACUUGUCUCCCCAGGGGCGGCGUUACUAUGUCAACACGACCACCAAUGAGACCACCUGGGAGCGUCCCAGCAGUUCUCCUGGGAUUCCAGCCAGCCCGGGCCUUCACAGGAGCCCUCUGCCUCCAACAGUGAAUGGAUACCACGCAUCAGGGACCCCAGCGCACCCUCCUGAGACUGCCCACAUGAGUGUCCGAAAGUCCACCGGUGAUCCCCAGAACCUGGGUUCCUCGUCACCAGGCAAAAAGCACAGCAAGGAAAACACCAUCACGAUAAACUGUGUGACGUUCCCUCACCCAGACACAAUGCCGGAGCAGCAGCUGCUGAAACCAACCGAGUGGAGCUAUUGUGACUAUUUCUGGGCUGAUAAGAAGGACCCCCAAGGCAAUGGUACAGUGGCUGGGUUUGAACUGCUGCUUCAGAAACAACUGAAGGGCAAACAGAUGCAAAAGGAAAUGUCAGAAUUCAUCCGGGAAAGGAUAAAGAUUGAAGAAGACUAUGCCAAGAACUUAGCUAAGCUCUCUCAGAACUCCUUGGCCGCACAGGAAGAAGGUUCCCUGGGAGAAGCGUGGGCACAGGUGAAGAAGAGCCUUGCAGAUGAGGCAGAAGUUCACCUCAAGUUCUCCUCCAAGCUUCACAGCGAGGUAGAGAAGCCCCUAAUGAACUUCCGCGAGAACUUCAAGAAAGACAUGAAAAAGUGUGACCACCAUAUCGCUGACCUCCGCAAGCAACUCGCCAGCCGCUACGUCGCCGUGGAGAAGGCCCGGAAGGCCCUCACGGAGCGGCAGAGAGACCUGGAGAUGAAGACCCAGCAGCUGGAGAUCAAGCUGAGCAACAAGACCGAGGAGGACAUCAAGAAGGCGAGGAGGAAGUCCACGCAGGCUGGAGAUGACCUCAUGCGCUGUGUGGACCUCUACAACCAGGCCCAGUCCAAAUGGUUUGAAGAGAUGGUGACCACCACAUUGGAGCUGGAACGGCUAGAGGUGGAGAGGGUGGAGAUGAUCCGGCAACAUCUGUGCCAGUACACCCAGCUGCGGCAUGAAACUGACAUGUUCAACCAAAGCACAGUCGAGCCUGUGGACCAACUGCUUCGAAAAGUGGACCCAGCCAAAGACAGGGAGCUGUGGGUUCGAGAGCACAAGACAGGCAACAUCCGCCCUGUGGACAUGGAGAUCUAGAAGGGCGCGCGCGGCUCCGGGGGUCCUGCCAAGGAGAGGGGCUGAGGGUCCCAUGGAGAGGAGGUGGUGGUUCCCACCGUGGGGCCUGCUGCUGAGUGGAGCAGCCCUCCCACCCACUCUCCUGGUCCACUGAGAAGAGGGGAGGGUGUGGUGAUUCCUCAAGAAGCUGGUUUUUCCAGGACAACCUGGACGGCCCUGCUGGGAGCUCCCCAGUGUUCCCAGGCCAGGAAGAUGGAUUCACAGCCCUGCCCUUGUCUCUGAGGCUGAAGCCCCCCAACUGCCAUUCUGUGCUUGUCGCUCCGAGAACAAACUGAGGCUGGAACUCUGUGGUUCCUCCCGAGCACCAUAGGGGUCACCUCCCCAUCCAGAGCCAACUAUGUCACAUGUUUGUGCCCCUGGAAGCCCCAAGGCCCUUUCUCCAGCUGGCCCCCUUGUCUCCAGGGCUUUCAAGUGUCAGGGGAGGGAAGUCUCUGUCUCCAAGCCAAGUGUCAGGAUCAGAAUUAUGGAUAGAAGGCACCAUUUAUCGGAACAGCCCGCGCUCAGAAUCCUUUGCAGCCCUCCCUCUUUAUUUUUCCCAUUGCAUUCUGGGAGCCCACAUCCUGUUCUUCUCUGUCACGUUUCAUCAUCAAGGGUCUUGGGAAGAAGGCUUGGCUCCUGUCUUCCCAGACUGACCCUGCCUGGAGAGGUCAGGAUGGAACUACCUCAUUCAGCAAAUUAGCCCUGAGUCAGAGCAUUAAAUUGUUUCCUAUUAGAGCACAUCCUCUGUAACGUCUCCUCUCUGGAAUUCCCAUUCCACCCAACCUUCAGACCGUCCCUCUUCCCAUCCCCUCCCCCUUCCAUGCUCUUAACGGGGCCGGGUCAGUCCUGUGUGGGAGAUGGGUUGGGGCAAGUCUUCGUCAUCCCCCAGAUGGCUCCACCUGCUUCUGCAUGGCUGGGUUGGAACCGCUGUCCCUUGUAUGGCUUUCUCUCACUGGUGGUCACUGUACAGGCACUGAAGACUUGUGUGGCCACAGUAAGUUGUCACCUGCUAGGCAGUGUCCCACCACCUUGGCUUCUCAGCUCCUUCUGCACAGCCCAGAGCCCUGCACCGGGCCCUGGCCUGGUGCUGGGACCAUCUUCCCCUUUCUCCAUCUUCUGAUUCCUGGAAAAGCCUGAUCUGAGUGUAACUUAGACAGCUUUCAGGGCUGCCGUCGGGUCCUUGCUUAUUACACGCUCCCUUAAACCAUGUUCUCCAUCAUGUUAAGUCUCGAGAAUAAGUUUGAAGGGACCAGAAGAAGAAAAAGGAACUGAAGGAAGACACACAGGUAGCAAGGGGCCGAUUCUAGCCUGGAAGCCACGCCCUAAGAGCUCAUCUUUCUUAGUUAAUCUUUCCCAUUGAUUACUUCGGAUUUACAGGACCCACGUAUUUCACAUGAGGGCAGAAUUCUAAGAGCACAAUUCACUGGUCAUUCUCAGUCUUCUGUGCUGGUAACUGAUGACUUAUUAAUCUUGAAUCUUUUGUACUUCUUUCAUUGUCAGAAUUACUCUCUCAUAGUUUGUGGUAGAAAGAUGUCGAAUAUACUAAAGCAAACCAAAUUUUGUCAGUUUUCUUUUCUUACUAAGCAUCCCAGCCAAAAAGGUCAAUGUGAAGGAAGGUGUUAACCAACUUGAAGGUCAUCAGAAUGGAUCUGUUCAUGGGAUGGAGAACCACUCUUUCCAGAUUGGGGUUGGGCCAUGAUACCAGCUACCAAUUUUAGGAUAUGAUUUCUUGGUUUCUUUAUUAAAAAUGGGUGCUAGUAGUAAUUGCUUUGUGGCUUAAUAAACUAAUUUGUGGUUGAUUUUGAAAUACUCGAAGACAAUAGCCUGGUUAUUAACACAGAUAUUUUGAGUGGACAUGGCUCAUUGAUUUUUGUCUUCUCAUUUCCUCCUGAGGAUUCCAGAAUCUUCUGUUCCUCCCUGGGACAGAGGGAGUUCUCCUGCCUCUUCCAGGGUAGUUCGAGUUGGCCCAUUGUGGGCCAGUCUGUUUUCUGAAGAUGUUCUUUCCCCCUUAGCCCCUCACCUUGGUCUCGUUAGCUUCCUCACAUCCUCCUUUUCUGUUUUUCUUUCCUCCUUUACUCAUUCAUCAAGUAUUUAGCUAAGGCCGAGCAAUGUGCUCAGAUCUGAGGGCAAGAUACGGCCCUGUCAACAGGGAAGUCUCCAAUCUCUUAUUUUGUAUAGACUUAUCUUUUCUCCAGGGGUCUUGCAUUCACAUAGAGGUACUCUGCAGAAUGUAGGUUUUCAGAGAUACUCUAUGUUGUGCUGAUAGAUCUGCAUUCAUUCAUUCGUUUAUUCGGCAGAUACUUGGGACAAGCCGAGCAUUGUGCAGGGUACUGGAAAUGUAGCUGCAUACUAGACAGGCACUCUCCUCCUGUCCACUCUAUUCUCCAUGUAGACAGGAGACUAUUUACACCUUUCUGGAGAAUGAGAACAUGGCAGCCUUUCCACAUUUAACCAACUGUGAACCUGUAAUUCCAAUGUAAGCUACCACCACGCAGCAUUUACCCACUGGGUCAAAGCUAGACAGCAUCAAGGGUUCAAUCACCUGGUCACGAGACUCUCACAGCCCAUAUCCAACUCGAGCUUUCGAGAUUUUUUUUUCUGAUUUAAAUAACUCUCCUCACUUUACAAAGAGGAAGAAUGAAACGCAAACAUGGCCGGUGAGUGCCGUGAGAUGAACACUGAAUUUAGAGCAGGGCUGGUGUCGAGAGUCCUGGCUCCCUGUCCCUAUUAACGGGGCCCCCCUCUGGGUGAAGUCAAGAUCAGAAUGAAGCCUAGAGUAUCUAAAAGUGCACUUCGGGGUAUCAGAAUACUCUAUCUGGGGAGGUUGUGUUGUUGUUUCCAUUCAUGUUUCGGUUAUAAGAGGAUCUGGCUGGGUUUAUUCAGUGGGUGAGUCUGGGUUACUUUUGAGCACAUCCGUUGCUCCAUGUUUGAGAACAGGCGAGCCCUUUCUACUUGCCUCCACCUGGGAGACACAGAUGCACUUAGUGUUGUCUGUGAAAACCUGAUUUAAAAAAAUACAUAUCUCUGAGAUGCAUGGUGUUCAAAGUGAGCUGGUUGCCACAACAACCUCCAAGAAAAGCCACUUGUUCCUGUCCAUUUUUUCUAGUGCUUUUGAUCAGUAUUGCAGUGCACUGGCCAGCUGCACCACAGGGGUGGCUGUCCUGAGGUUCUGCCAGUGGAAUCACCUUGGGCCUUCUUUCUACCUCCACCCAACGCCUGUUGGGCAGGGAGAAUUUCUGCAGUGGGAGGCCCUUGUCUGCUCAUUGGAGCUGGCCAGUGGCUGAAGCAAACAGAAACAGCGUGCGGACUCAUGAACCAGGGGCUUGUUUCUAUUUCCUUUGUGAAAACCAAUCAAUUACUAGAUUAGCGGGUGGGUGCAUCUAAAUCUUGCCUGAGCCAAAGUCCCUUCUUGGAAAUACAAGCCAUAAAAUUCAAAGGACGUCAAAGACCUCGGCUUGUUUAAGUGAUUUUACUUCCAGCUGCGAGUGGCCUUGACAAGGAGAGUUUACACAGGAUUCUACAGUCCUGCUGGUUAUUAUGUAGGUAGGGGAAGCACUUUAGAAAUGUUAAGUGGGGUACAGGGCAGUAGCAUGCUUACUUAGCCAGCACACCAUCUUAGUCCCAUAACCCUUCCCAUCCCUGCAAGACACCCUGCCUUUUUUCCCCCCAGGUUUCUUGAGGUAUUUGACAUACAGUGUUGAGGUUUAUUGACAUAACACUAAAAUUCACCCUUUGGAAGUAUUCAGUUCUGUGAAUUUUGACAAAUGUAUAGAACCUCGUAACCACCACCAAAAUCAACAUAGUAUUUCCAUCACUGCAAAAAUUGCCCCCGACACCUCUGUAGUCAAUCCACUCCUCCCACCCCCGGCCCCUGGCAACCACUGAUUGAUUUUCUGACCCUAUAGUUCUGUCUUUUCUAGAAUGGCGUAUAAAUGGAGUCACACUAUGCGGCCCUUGAGUCUGGCUUCUUCCACCCCGCUGAGUGUGGGUGGGUCACCUAUGUGGUUGUGUGUCCAUAAUUUCUUUCCUUGCAUCGCCGUGCAGUGUUCCGUUGCAUGGGUGUACCACACUGCUUCCUUGCUUCUAAAGUGAGUUGUCUGCCCCAGAAGUUCCUGUUCUAGGGCCUUCAGCUUGUUUGCAUGGCUACUUCCAGCCUGCUUCCUACGGCUCCUCCAAAUGCCAGCUGUGCCCACAGGUAGUACUUGGGGCUCACACUUGCCUUUUUGCUUCAUGUUAGGGUUUGACAAUGCGGGAAGCUGCAGGUAUUGGGGGAAGAGGGUGAGCGGGGUCUCAGGUGCCUUCCACUGCUGCUGUGCCCUGAAGUUUGCCUCUCAGCUAGCAGAUCCACUCAGCUCACACGUGGCAUUUAUUGAGCAUUAGUGGGUGUGGAAGGUACGUGGACCUGGCAUGGAUGAGAAGGCAGGAGGGGGCUUUGGGCUCAUCACGACCCUUUCCGGGGUCUCUUGCUUCGCCUGCACACUGAGGGUAUUUCUUCUAGAAGGUCACUCAGGCCUCCUCUGGUGCCUGCGUUAUCUCCUCCCCUUAUCAUUUCCAAGUUUAUACCCUAUGCACAUGGUCCUACCUAAUCUGGGUCCCUUCAGUGCAGCUGUGCAUGGUGUUGUCUAAAAUCCUCAUAAGAGGAUACGGUGACAUGUCUCCAUGUAGACACAAAUGAAGCUAAAUUUAAGAGCUGUUGAGAAUGAGGCAGAUCCUCCUAGGACCCCCAUGGUGAUGACUCCUCCAAGCCGGGUCUUGAUCGAGCCCUGCUCAGUGACAGGCUGAGCUCUGUAAGGCAACCAGGCACCUCUCUAAACAAAUUGAAGACAUACCUGAGUCCGGGCCAGGGGAGCCCAGGCCGACAAGAUCCCGUGGUGGGAAGCCAAGGAUCUAUGCUGCUGGGAUGCUUCUGGGCUGAAUUUUGCCAGGGAGGACUCUCAUCAUUCCCCCCUCCCCAGGAGUUUUAUUCCUGUCAGGUCUUUUCUGAAGGUGAGGGACCCAGUUAUUGUUUUAGCAGGUUUGGGUGAGAAUAAGACGUGACAAAAAAGUGAUGUUCUAUUUCCCCUCUAGAUGGGAGGGUGAGGCUCUUUCAGGAGACUGUUGGGAGGUGCCUGUGAGGGAGAGGGGUUGUGACCACCCUUGAUCUCUCUGUGUGCUGUUCAGGAGACAUUGACCCUUUGUGUUUGGGGGACAUUCCUAGUGGGAUUGCAGUGGUGGAAUGCACAGGGUCUGGCACAUGGGUGCUCUAAUGGGGUGGAUGUGACACAGGGACAGAGAGGGAAAGCAUCUGUACCAGGGCAAGAGCACUGGACCGAGCCUGCCCUGCUGUCUUAUUUGUCCCAUAACCUGAAGUUGUCACGUCCCCUCCUGGGACCUCUAUGGACUCAUCUGUCAAGUAGAGACUCUCCUCUUCCAGCAUCACAUGCAGCGACCGGCUCUCGGGAGCCGUGGCCUCGAGGCAGCCAUGUGGACCCAGGGAGAGACAUUCAAAGGGACACCAGCCACCCUUGGUGACUGGCCCCAAAUCUGCAUCUCUGCCCUUCCCUUGGGAAGGCGAUCAUGGGAUGGGAGCUGGGGGCAGUCCUUCACAGACAUGAGCACAUCAGCAAACCCUAUGAAAGUGGAAUUUUCUAACAAAAUAAACUUGCUUGUUUGGUCUGUUUUCUGUAACUUUUGCUAAAUACUUUAUACAUUUUUAAUGUUAAAAAGCUGUGUCUCCUGCCAGCAUUCCUCAUCCCGGUAUGAAUGUGUUUACUCCACAUUGUAUAUCCUUCCACCCUCUGGCUGCCUAGAUCAGUAAAUAAAAUUGAUGUAAUAUAAUUUAUAAGUAACACUGUUGAAACUCAUCCCUAUGGAGGCUAUAAUCCGCCCUUCCCAACCCCUCCCACCCUUCGUAAUAGCAUUUGUGUGUAUUAAUGCUGAAGAAUUAAAUGUUUAAAGGGUUUAAAUUUUGAA